GUUUUGCCAUUUCACAACAAGACCUUCUUCACCGGGCGUAUUGAUUUUACAAUCAGAAUCAAGUGAGGGUACUAUUGAUGAAAUCCUAGCACAAUGCUGGCCGAUGCAGAUGCUGCAGGUGCAUAAUGUGUGCAGCAGCACGGGAUCCAUGAUCAGUCAUGUUUGUUCCUUUUAGUUUUGGCAUUUGAAUACUGUACUUCUAUCAAGAAGAAAAAACAAUCGCCAUUUCGAGGACUGCCUUCUUUCUCAUUGAUUACGAAUUUAGUACUUAUUCGCGUGCAUCCCUAAUAUUCCCCGCGUUGAGGAGAAGGAUUUGUCUACUGUUUUGAUAUAUUAUAUACCCUAGUGGAAUACGUUCAUCUGGAUUUGCAUGCGGAAGUGACAGCUAGCAACGUGUUAAUAUCGCUCUGCACAGCAAGCACGCGAAGUGGAUCUGCUUUGAUCUCAUUGGGGUGAUAAACGGUAUUAUCGCGGACAGAGCGAGGGCUAAGCGGAUCGAGGGUUGCCAGUGAGCGGAAGUCGUCAAGCGGAGUCUGCCAUCAUGAAUCCCAGUCAGCCGUAUCCUAACGCACCUUAUCCCAGUCAGACGUACGCUCAACAGGCAUAUCCCGCGUCGGCGGGAGGCGCUACGACGACCACCGUUACCACGACCAGGGUGGUAGCGGUCCAGCCCUAUUUCGAUCACAGUUAUGUCAGAAGCAUCCCGGGGAUCCUGAAGCUGGUGCAACUGCUGCUUAUGCUGAUUGCAUUCAUUCUGGCGGCGGCUGCCUGGAGUUCAGAUUGGAGAUAUUUCUUGCAUUACUGCAUAGGAUCUGCUGGAUGGGCAAAAUUCGUCACAAUCACGGGAUUCAUCAUUACGCUCAUACUGCUGUGUCUGUAUUUGUUCCACUUAAUCGAGCGAUUGUACCAGGUUAACUGGUUGUUUGUGGAACUGAUUUAUUGCGGUAUUGUGGCUAUUCUGUUGUUUAUUGCCGGAGCUGUCAUGAUUCCCUAUGCCGAGGUGGAUGGUACUCGUGGAGCUUGCACGUUUUUCUGCUGGUUAGCCAUGCUGGCAUACGGAGCGGAUGCGUUCUUCAAAUUCAAAUCCUGGCGAAAUGGAGAAACUGCCCAAGGCCCUAAACCCAGCAUGACAUCAGCUUCCACUGUGACCGGUCCCGCACGUCCGCCUGCAUAUCCCGUGGCCUAACAAACCUGUUGAAUGUUUCUAACACACUUCUGGCGAUCGGUAGGCUUCUUCCCUGAAUCUCUGACCACAAUCAGACGAAUCUUCCCGUUUUCUCGCUUGACUGUGUACUGUCUGCACAAUUUGUCUAAGAAACAAUUGGUUCAAAUUGUGUCUUGUGCCAGAGCGGUGCAGCUUUUGUAAUGUUUAUUGGUGGAAUGAGGGUAUUUUGUUAAAUAUUUCUAACCAUGUUAGAUGCGCUUAGUUUCCGGGAUUAAGAUGACUUUAUUUUAUAACCUGCCAAACGACUGUUUCGUUUCAUGGUUGAUGGAUAUUAUUCACCGUUUCUUUUUUGAACUAUGACACGUGGUUUUGUAUUCCAGUUGGUCAAGAAUUUUUUCUUCGUGUA